AUGUCCUCGGCCGUGGGGCCCCGCGGUCCUCGCCCACCCACGGUGCCUCCCCCCAUGCAAGAGCUGCCCGACCUGAGCCACCUGACCGAGGAGGAGAGGAACAUUAUCAUGGCAGUGAUGGACCGGCAGAAGGAAGAGGAGGAAAAAGAAGAAGCCAUGCUCAAGAGAUUGCAUCAACAAUUUGAAAGCUAUAAAGAACAAGUCAGAAAAAUAGGGGAAGAAGCACGGCGUUACCAGGGCGAGCACAAAGAUGACGCUCCCACUUGUGGGAUCUGUCAUAAAACCAAGUUUGCUGACGGGUGUGGCCAUCUUUGCUCCUACUGCCGCACCAAGUUCUGCGCCCGCUGUGGAGGCCGCGUGUCUCUGCGCUCCAACAACGAGGACAAAGUGGUUAUGUGGGUAUGCAAUUUAUGUCGAAAGCAACAAGAAAUCUUAACCAAAUCUGGGGCGUGGUUCUUUGGAAGUGGCCCUCAGCAGCCAAGUCAGGAUGGAGCCUUAAGCGAUACAGGUGCUGGUUCUGAGGUACCAAGAGAAAAGAAAGCACGGCUCCAGGAGCGAUCCCGGUCGCAGACACCCCUGAGCACAGCAGCUGCCUCCUCCCAGGACACAGCUCCCAGCGCUCAACCAGACAGGAGCAAAGGGGCUGAGUCCUCACAGCAAGCCGUGGGGCCCGAACAGAAGCAGGCUUCAUCCAGGUCUAGAAGUGAACCUCCGAGAGAGAGGAAGAAGACUCCAGGGCUCUCUGAGCAGAAUGGUAAAGGAGCCCAGAAGAGCGAGCGGAAACGCGUGCCGAAGUCCUCGGUGCAGCCAGGAGAGGGGGCCGUGGAAGAACGCGAGCGGAAAGAAAGGCGGGAAAGCCGAAGGCUUGAGAAAGGGCGGUCACAGGACUACCCCGACGUGCCGGAAAAACGAGAGGAUCGCAAAGCGGUGGACGACGAGAAGCAAAGGAAAGAGGAGGAGUACCAGACCAGGUACCGCAGCGAUCCGAACCUGGCGCGGUACCCGGUGAAACCGCCGCCAGAGGAGCAGCAGAUGCGCAUGCACGCCCGAGUGUCCCGCGCGAGGCACGAGCGGCGCCACAGCGACGUGGCGCUGCCGCGCACCGAGGCGGGCGCCGCGCUGCCCGAGAACAAGGCCGGCAAGCGUGCAUCGGCCGCCGCCAGGGCCUCGCCGCCGGAGUCGCCGCGGGCCUAUUCGGCUGAGAGGACUGCGGAAGCCAGGGCGCCGGGCGCCAAGCAGCUCACGAACCACAGCCCGCCGGCACCCAGGCAUGGGCCGGUCCCCGCAGAAGCCCUGGAGCCCAAAGGCCAGGAGCCCCUCAGGAAGCAGAGCCGCCUGGACCCCAGCUCGGCCGUCCUCAUCAGGAAGUCCAAGCGCGAGAAGGUGGAGACCAUGCUGCGGAACGACUCCUUGAGCUCUGAUCAGUCCGAGUCCGUGCGGCCGUCCCCGCCCAAGCCGCACCGGUCCAAGAGGGGCGGGAAGAAGCGGCAGAUGUCUGUGAGUAGCUCCGAGGAGGAGGGCGUGUCCACGCCGGAGUACACCAGCUGCGAGGACGUGGAGCUCGAGAGCGAGAGCGUCAGCGAGAAAGGCGAUUUGGAUUAUUACUGGUUGGAUCCUGCCACGUGGCAUAGCCGGGAAACAUCGCCUAUUAGUUCGCAUCCUGUAACGUGGCAACCAUCUAAAGAGGGGGACCGAUUAAUUGGACGUGUUAUUCUUAACAAGAGAACAACCAUGCCCAAAGAAUCAGGUGCAUUACUGGGUCUGAAAGUUGUUGGAGGGAAAAUGACUGACUUAGGACGCCUUGGUGCCUUCAUCACCAAAGUAAAGAAGGGUAGCCUUGCAGAUGUAGUUGGACACUUAAGAGCAGGGGAUGAAGUUCUAGAAUGGAAUGGUAAACCCCUGCCGGGAGCUACAAAUGAAGAAGUUUACAACAUUAUUUUAGAAUCAAAAUCAGAACCUCAAGUUGAAAUUAUUGUUUCAAGGCCUAUUGGUGACAUUCCACGGAUUCCUGAGAGCUCCCAUCCUCCACUGGAGUCCAGUUCAAGUUCCUUUGAAUCUCAGAAGAUGGAAAGGCCUUCUAUUUCUGUUAUUUCUCCAACAAGUCCUGGAGCUCUAAAAGAUGCCCCACAAGUCUUGCCAGGACAACUUUCUGUGAAGUUGUGGUAUGAUAAGGUGGGACACCAGCUGAUUGUAAAUGUUCUUCAAGCAACAGAUUUACCGACUAGAGUAGAUGGGCGUCCCAGGAAUCCCUAUGUGAAAAUGUAUUUUCUUCCAGAUAGAAGUGAUAAAAGCAAAAGGAGGACCAAAACAGUAAAGAAAGUCCUAGAACCAAAAUGGAAUCAAACAUUUGUCUAUUCACAUGUACAUCGUAGAGAUUUUAGAGAACGGAUGUUAGAAAUAACUGUGUGGGAUCAACCAAGAGUACAAGAAGAAGAGAGUGAAUUUCUUGGAGAGAUCCUCAUAGAAUUGGAGACAGCACUUUUAGAUGAUGAGCCACACUGGUAUAAACUUCAGACACAUGAUGAAUCCUCACUACCUCUGCCUCAGCCAUCACCUUUCAUGCCAAGGCGACACAUUCAUGGAGAAAGCUCUAGCAAAAAACUACAAAGAUCUCAGCGAAUCAGUGAUAGUGACAUCUCAGAUUAUGAGGUUGAUGAUGGUAUUGGAGUAGUUCCUCCAGGUUAUAGGUCUAGUGCUAGAGAAAGUAAAUCUACAACAUUAACUGUGCCAGAACAGCAAAGAACAACUCAUCACCGCUCACGUUCAGUAUCUCCUCACCGCGGCGAUGAUCAGGGAAGGCCGCGUUCACGUUUACCAAAUGUGCCAUUACAGAGGAGUUUAGAUGAAAUUCAUCCAACAAGAAGGUCACGUUCUCCAACUAGACACCAUGAUGCCUCCCGAAGUCCAGUUGAUCACAGAUCCAGAGAUGUGGAUAGUCAGUAUUUAUCAGAACAAGACAGUGAGCUUCUUAUGCUGCCCAGAGCAAAACGAGGACGAAGUGCAGAAUGCCUACAUACUACCAGUGAACUGCAGCCCUCCCUUGACAGGGCUAGGAGUGCUAGUACCAACUGCUUGAGACCAGAUACUAGUUUGCAUUCACCAGAACGAGAAAGAAUGCACAGACAAGCAAGUCCAACCCAUCCUCCUCCUGCAGACACAUCCUUCAGCAAUCGGAGGGGACGACAGCUCCCACAGGUGCCAGUGAGAAGCGGCAGUAUAGAACAAGCAAGCUUAGUAGUGGAGGAGCGAACAAGACAGAUGAAAAUGAAAGUGCAUCGAUUUAAGCAGACAACAGGGUCUGGUUCUAGUCAAGAACUUGAUCGCGAGCAAUAUUCCAAGUAUAACAUACAUAAAGAUCAGUACAGAAGCUGUGAUAACGUCUCUGCCAAAUCAUCAGAUAGUGAUGUCAGUGAUGUGUCCGCCAUUUCCCGAACCAGCAGUGCCUCACGCCUCAGCAGCACAAGCUUUAUGUCAGAGCAAUCUGAGCACCCCAGGGGUAGAAUCAGUUCAUUUACCCCUAAAAUGCAAGGCAGACGGAUGGGGACUUCAGGAAGAGCCAUUACGAAGAGCACCAGUGUGAGUGGGGAGAUGUACACACUGGAGCAUAAUGACGGCAGUCAGUCCGACACGGCUGUGGGUACAGUUGGAGCAGGUGGAAAGAAAAGGAGAUCCAGCCUGAGUGCCAAAGUGGUUGCCAUAGUGUCUAGAAGGAGUAGAAGCACAUCCCAACUAAGCCAAACAGAGUCAGGCCACAAGAAGUUAAAAAGUACCAUCCAGAGAAGCACAGAAACAGGAAUGGCAGCCGAAAUGAGGAAGAUGGUAAGGCAACCAAGUCGAGAGUCUACUGACGGCAGCAUCAACAGUUACAGCUCCGAGGGAAACUUAAUAUUUCCUGGAGUACGACUAGGAGCAGACAGUCAAUUCAGUGAUUUUCUUGAUGGACUGGGACCAGCUCAGCUUGUUGGCCGCCAAACCCUUGCCACCCCUGCAAUGGGUGACAUACAAAUUGGAAUGGAGGAUAAAAAGGGCCAAUUAGAAGUCGAAGUUAUUAGAGCACGAAGUCUCACACAAAAACCUGGUUCCAAGUCUACACCCGCUCCAUACGUCAAAGUGUAUCUUUUGGAAAACGGGGCCUGUAUAGCCAAGAAGAAAACAAGAAUUGCACGAAAAACCCUUGAUCCUUUGUAUCAGCAGUCCCUGGUGUUUGACGAAAGCCCACAGGGUAAAGUUCUUCAGGUGAUUGUGUGGGGGGACUAUGGCAGAAUGGACCAUAAAUGCUUUAUGGGUGUGGCUCAGAUCUUGUUGGAAGAACUCGAUCUAUCCAGUAUGGUAAUCGGAUGGUACAAGUUAUUCCCACCAUCAUCCCUGGUGGAUCCCACUCUCACUCCCCUAACCCGCCGGGCUUCCCAGUCAUCUCUGGAAAGUUCAACUGGGCCUCCCUGCAUCCGCUCAUAG